AUGCUGCUGUUGGCAGCUCCGGAUGCCGGACGCCCACCGCCGGAGAUCGUGGGGGCCGCGUUGAAGGCAGCGGGAGUCCAGGCGACUGACCAGAACCUGAUACGGGCUCUUCAGGAGGCGGCGGGUGCUCGAGGAGGGAACCCGAGGAAGGAGGAUCUAGACCGGGCCCGCACCGGCGCGCACUCCUACCAGGCAUUGCCACGGGACAUGGAUGGCCAGCCGGGAAGCCCCAUUGCUGGCGAGAAGUCCGAUCGCCCAAUGCCGGAGAUCAAGUACAAUACGCCCUCGACGCCCGCAAUCACCUUCAACAACGCUCUGGCGCAGAUGAAGAAGCCUGUCCAGGCGAUGCGGAUACUGGAGAGCAUGCGCAUGGGUAUGCCCGACGUGGCAAUGAACCAGCGAAUGACCGGCCUGAAUGGCUUCGAUCCGGACAGUUUCGUUCCGCCGAAGACGCCGGAGGACGUGGUUCGGACUCUGAUGCAGGUGGUGCCUGAUGCUGGGUUACCACCCCCCGAGAUUGUUGGCGCAGCGCUGAAAGCCGCGGGCAUUCCGGCCACGGAAGAGAAUCUGGAAAGAGCGCUCAAAGCAGUGGGCGGUAGCUCCAAACCCAGCAGCCAGGACAUGACUGCAGCAAGGGCUGCUGCUGCCCAGUACAGCGCUGCAGGUCCGGGCGAUGGCUACCCGUCCUUCCCGGAUGUUCCCAUGGCAACGGGACCGAGCACCGGCAGCAGGGCGAAGGCGCCCUCGACAAAGGCCUCCGGCGGAGGAAGCGAGGCGCGGCCAGAAGAUCUCAUGAAGGCCCUCCUGCAAGCAGCACCCGGAUUGGGCCAGCCGCCCCCAGAAGUGGUGGGGCUCGCGCUCAAGCAGGCGAAAGUCUCGAUCAAUGAGGAUGUGGUGAUCCGAGCGCUGCGAGCUGCCGGUGACAAGCACCCCUCUGCAAACUCGAUCCGGACUGCCUUGGCGGCUGCGCACCCUGGCGGCAUUACGCUGAUGAUUUGGAGUUAA